AGUACCACUGCUCUUGCAAAUGUCUUUUAAAACUUUUAAUACUGAACAUAUAGUUUAUUAUGAAAAUGUGUUACAAUAAAAUAAUUAGAAAAGUGAAUAUUUCCGACGUGAAAUUAAUUAUAAUUUAUAAAUAAUGAUUCUGCUAUUUAUAUUAUUAUUUCUGAACUAUGACUUGUUACUUUGUCAGCACUUUUACACAGAAAUGGUCCGACCAUUAGAAAAAAAACACAUGAAAAUCAAUCUACUUCUGGAAGACAGUCAACUUCUGGACGACAGAACUAAACCGAAACAGAUAGAAAGACGUGGCCAAAUGGGUUUAGCUCCAGCCAUUUCAUCAGUGAGAGACCAACUACUAGACAUGUAUCGCUCAUACAUUGGCAAAUUAAACAUUAAUAAGAAGAAAAAAGAUAAAAAAGCUAUAGAUGGUGAUAAUGAACCCAAAAUACUUAAGAAAGGAAAUGCUAAAAAACCAGACGACAACACAAGCACAUCACAAGAAUCAAGCAAAGAAACAGAUUCAGAAUUGGAUAAAAAUGAAAAAAAUAUCAGAAAACUGAAGAAGAAUAUGCAUUUGAGAGACUUACGAAUAACUAUUUUACCUAAUAAACCAGUAACGCCUGAUAAAGAUGAUAGUACAACGGAAGAAAGAGAAAAUGGAGAAGAAAGAGAUGUAAAAGAAGAUAGUUCAACAGACGAAAAAGAAGAAGAGAAUGUUACUGCUGAGAAAUUUGUAAAAACUACAACAGUUGACGAUAAAACAAUUGAAUCGAAAGAUGAGAGUGAUAAAACGCUUAUAAUAGAUGGUAUUGAUGAUGCAAAACUGGGAAAAUUCGGUGAUAUACUAAAUAUGGAAAGGGAAAGGGAAAGAGAAAGAACAAAAAAGCAACGCUUUACCAAAGCUGAAGACGAAAUAGAAGAACAUCUUACAUCUACAAAGCGGAGAAGAAAGAAAACAACUAAAACUCUAACGAAAGCAAUAUUCAAUUUUGACUUUUUGAAACCAACAACAGAACACGUAAAGAAAAUCAAAAAGCCAAAACAUGAGACGCUAUCGACACAUAAGAAGUUGAAAUUGAAAAUGACAAUGGAGGCAGACCCGGUCACAGAUGUAUACAAGACGAAGCAUAAAAGACUGCAAGUUAACAAUCUGAUAAAAGAAUUGGCCAAUAUCCCCGAAGAACCUUCAACACACAAAGACAAAGAAAGCGAUGAUGCAGAGGACACCAGCUCUGUGACCACACCAGCACAAGUGAAUAUAAAACGUACACACCAAACUACAACCACGAUGCUGCCAUACUUCCAAAUGAUUGAGGAUCUGAAGGAAGGCUACAUGGUGGUGUUCUUGAUGGAGCUGAUGAGGAUCAUGGCUUCUAAAGACAAGGACGACCUGUUUGAAGUCCUCGUCCACACUGAACAGAUUGCGUUGCAACUUCGCGAGACUGGGAAGAUUAUCUGGCUCGGUCAGCCUCUCCUACACGUCACUAUGAAACUGGCAAAAUUCAUGACUGAAGCUGAAACGGGAGUAAUACAGAAAUACGCCUCAAAAUUAAAAAGAAAGAUAAGUAGACGUCACCAGGAGCUAUCUUCUGAAGUGAACACCAUCAUAGACUAUGCUGACAUGCUGUAUGAUGAUGAAGAAGGCACGCAGCUCUUCACUGCGCUCAAAGAUUUUGACGACUAUCCUAACACUACACAACCAAGCGACGCUGUAUGUCUAGCAUUAAUGGAGAGUUUCCUCAAGCCGUAUCGUCGGCUCAGUAAUACAGAAUUACGUCAACAGUUGGUAGACUCUAUUAACAUGGAGCUAAGAGCUAAAAUGCCUGAAGGAGAGCGGCUGCAGGACAUUUCUUUAGGAUUUUUAGGAAUUAAUGAAGCAAUAGAACAAAGGCCACCACUAGAAUCAGAGAGCGACUCAAUCCCACUCUCGAGGAAAUCACAAAAGCAAAUGAGACAGAAACUACAAAAGACAAGGACAAAACAUUCGACAAUGAAGCAGGAACUCACGACGUUUCAACCAGGCUACAGCGACGACAUCUAUCGACGGAGACUCAGCUAUACAUCGGACAAUCGGUACCAAUACCCCAUGUUGAGAAACAUGAAGCCGAUUACAAGUAUACAGAGGCGAUUCAAGAUUGUCACUCCUCAUCGACACAUGUUACGGCUUAGAUCGACACGGAGUUAUAUAGUGAACCUAAUCAGUAGACCCACCAAAGAAGUUACGACUAAACUGAUUAAAGCCAAGAAGACUAAUCAAGUAACUACCAGAUUCCCACUCUUCCAUGAGGCGAUUCGAUUUAGAUCGCAUUUGAACCAGAAACAGGGUCAUAGAAUUUAA